GAAAGUGAACAAAGGUGUGAUCUUGUGAUAUUUGCUGGGAAAAAGAGCGAGAAAAUAGCUUCAGGCUGCUUGAACCUUUCAUCCCCCGCCAUGUCCUCGCCGCCGGCGUUAGCAUCGAGAUCCUCAAGGCUUUCGGAGAGCCUUCGAGGGUUCGCUGCGGGACUUUGCCAACCAAGCUUCCGCCACCGAUCGUCCGCUCAUGUCCGGCGCCGCUCGGACUCCGCCUUUCGCGUAGCAGGCAAAAUAUCGGAGUUCACGCAUCUACCUCUACCGCCGAGCUCGAACUCCUUCUGCAUGGACGAGGAACAAAUGGCGAUGGGUCACGAUGAAGGAUGGGUCAAGCCAGUGCAUGGUAAAAAGGACGGGCUUCAUGAGUGGUUACAGUGGCCCGGCCAUUUGUGCGCCGUCGUGUCUUCCCUGAAUGUUUGCCUCCUCAGUCCACGGGCCCGCAAGACGGUUAAUCGUGCUUAUUGUUCUCCUCACGCUACUGUGGCAGAUGAAACGGGAAUGAAA